AUUGGGGCCGAAGGUGGUGACAGUGGUGGAGCAGGACCUGAGUCCGGCAGGAUCGUUUCUGGGGAGGUUUGUGGAGGCGAUACAUUAUUACUCGGCACUGUUUGAUUCAUUGGGGGCCAGCUAUGGGGAGGAGAGCGAGGAGCGGCACGUGGUAGAGCAGCAGCUACUGUCAAGGGAGAUACGGAAUGUUUUAGCAGUGGGGGGGCCGUCAAGGACUGCGGAGGUGAAGUUCCACAACUGGAGGGAAAAGCUGCAGCAGUCUGGGUUCAAGGGCAUUUCUCUGGCUGGUAACGCCGCCACGCAGGCUACCCUGCUUCUUGGCAUGUUCCCUUCUGAAGGGUAUACAUUGGUGGAGGAUAACGGUGCCCUCAAGCUCGGGUGGAAAGACCUUUGUUUGCUCACCGCUUCCGCAUGGCAGCCUUUCCAUGUUACUGCUACGACGGCCACCGUCGCCCACCGGUUUUAGCUUCUUUUUUUCUUUUUUUUUUAGGUUAGGAUUUGAGGGCCUGAAUGUACCAGUGAAGCUACCUACAAUCUGAAUUCUGAGUUUGUUGUGUUGAUGAUGAUAGAAUUUAAUUGAUUUUAUUUUAUCCAGGUGUGUGUGUUUAUUUUUGCGAUAGAGAUGUUUCUUUUUCACAGCAGUUAUUUCUAUUUCAUGUGUUGCAGUAGGCAGCAGCAGGGAUGCUGUUUAAUAAAGUGCGAGGAGAAGU